AUGAACAUGGCCUUCUUCACAGCAACAAACACACCCCUCUACUCCAACUCGUGGACACCGAACAGCGCAGGCGCAUAUGCUGGCACCUGCAUAUUCCUAAUCAUCCUCGCCAUCAUCUUCCGAGCCACCUUCACAGCGAAAGCCUACCUCGAUGCGCAAGCCGUAAAGUCGGCACUGAAGAGAAGAUAUGUCGUGGUUGAAGGGGCAGCUGCCGAGGAGAAGAUUGCAUCCGAUGCUAACUCGAUGACGGGAAUCCUCACUACGAAUGGAGUCGCAGAGAAUGUCCGCAUCGUCGAGGCACCGGUGCACAACGCACAACCGUGGAGAUUCAGCGUCGACCUACCCCGUGCUGCCGUCAUGACGUGUGCUGCAGGUGUCGGCUACCUUCUCAUGUUGGCAGUCAUGACCUACAACGUGGGAUACUUCCUCUCCGUCCUCGCCGGUACCUUCCUGGGCGAGCUUGCCUUUGGCCGUUUCUACCACGACGGCGUCAUGACCAUGUAA